UGGAGCCGGUGUGAAUGGUUGUUCCCUGAGCAGUGGUGCUCUGUACUGUGAAAUGCGCUCAGGCAAGCUCCGAAGUUGUGAAAUGGCUAUUGGAUCACAUUGUGAACCCUGAGUUGUGUUAUUUACUGAAGAAAAAAAACCUCUAGUUGUGAUGUAAUUCAACCCAUAGGACAGACCUUUAAUCGCUCUGGCUGGAAUACAGACACUCCCUUACUGUACGCCUUUGAACCCAAGCAAUGAAGGAUGCAGUGACCUAUGAUGAUGUGUAUGUGAACUUCACUCAAGAAGAAUGGGCUUUCCUGGAUCCUUCACAGAAGACUCUCUACAAAGAUGUGAUGCUGGAGACCUACAGGAACCUCACUGCUAUAGGCUACAAUUGGAAAGACCAUAAUAUUGAAGAACAUUGUCAAAGUUCUAGAAGACAUGCAAGGUAUCUCAUGUAUCACAGUGGAUACAAGCCGUGUGAGCAUAGGGAUAUUCAAAGAAGCAAUGUACCUCUCCCUCUCCCAGAACAAUUAAAAGAUAUUCCCUCAUUUGAGUAGAUUUUCUCAGUGUGAUACAAGUUUAUAAUUAGUUUUCCAACUUCAUUGGGAAUAUAUCCACAAACUCACACUGCAGAAAAUUCCUAUGAGUUCUAGGAAUGGUGAAAUUUUUCUUUGUUUGUCCUGGUUCCCAUUACAAAUUCUGUAUGUAAAUGUAGUGUAUUUCACACUAUAGGAAAAUUUAUAAUUAUACUCAGUGUGGUAAAGAUGUAAGUUCUUCCAGUUCUCUUCAAAUAUGUAAAAAAUCUCAUAGAAAAAAAGGACACUAUAAAUGCGAGGCAUGUAAUAAACACUCUUAGCAUUACAAGCAUUUUUAAAGAAGCAAAACAAGCCAUAAUGAAGGGAAACCAUGAUUGUAAACAAAGUGAUAAGACCUUAAUAUCUGGUUUCUUUUUAAAACCUAGACUGUAUUAUAAAAUAAAGUCCCACAGAUAAACACAUUCAAUGGUAUAAUGAAUGUGAUAAAGCUUUGACAUGUACCAAUUAUCUUUGUAGGCAUGAAAGAAGUCUUAUUGGAGAGAAAUACUCUGAAUAUACUCAGUGUGGUAAAGCUUUUGCAUAUCACAGUUAUCCUCAAAGGCAUGAAAGAAUUCAUACUGGAAACACUAUGAAGGUUUUAAAUAUGGUGAAGCCUUUGCAGAUCACAGUAGUCUCCAAAUACAUAAAAGAAUAUAUUCUCGAGGUAAACCCUACAAAUAUAAUCAAAGUGAUAAAGCCUAUUCACAAUAUAGUCAUCUCCAAAUUCAUAAAAGAGCACAUACUGGAGAGAAUCCCUAUGAAUGUAAUCAAUGUGAUAAAACCUUUCUAUAUCACUGUUAUCUUCAAAUACAUAGAAGAAUGCAUACUGGAGAGAAACCCUACAAAUGUAAUCAAAGUGAUAAAGCCUAUUCACAUCACAGUUAUCUCCAAAUCCAUAAAAGAACACAUACUGGAGAGAAACCUUAUGAAUGUAAGCAAUGUGGCAAAGCCUUUGCAUGCUAUGGUCAGCUUCGAAGACAUGAAAGAAUUCAUACUAGAGAGAAACCUUACAAAUGUAGUCAAUGUGAUAAGGCCUUUGCACGACACAGUCAUCUCCAAAUCCAUAAAAGAACACAUACUGGAGAGAAACCUUAUGAAUGUAAUCAAUGUGGUAAAGCCUUUGUAUGUUCCAGUCAUCUCCAAAGACAUAAAAGAAUGCAUACUGGGGAGAAACCUUAUGAAUGUCAUCAGUGUGGUAAAGCCUUUGCAUAUCAUUGUGGACUUCAAAGUCAUGUAAGAACACAUACUGGAGAGAAGCCCUAUGAAUGUAUACAAUGUGGUAAAGCCUUUGCAUGUCACAUUAGUCUUCAAAACCAUGAAAGAAUACAUACUGGAGAGAAACCCUAUGAAUGUAAUCAAUGUGAUAAAGCCUUUGCAUAUCACCGUAGUCUUCAAAACCAUAAAAGAACACAUACUGGAGAGAAACCCUAUGAAUGUGAUCAAUGUGGUGAAGCCUUUCCAUAUCAUAAUCAUCUUCAAAUACAUAACACAUAGUGGAGAGAAACCCUAUAAAUGUAAUCAAUGUAGUAAAGCUUUUGUAUGUCAUAGUAAUCUUCAAAACCAUA